AUGUCUGCUGACAACAAGAGUAACUUCUUCAUCGAUUUCAUGAUGGGUGGUGUUUCCGCCGCCGUCUCAAAGACCGCUGCUGCUCCAAUUGAGAGAGUCAAGUUGUUGAUUCAAAACCAAGACGAAAUGUUGAAGCAAGGUAGAUUGGCUAAGCCAUACACCGGUAUCGCUGACUGUUUCAGAAGAACCGCCAACGAAGAAGGUAUUGCUUCUUUCUGGAGAGGUAACACUGCUAACGUUAUCAGAUACUUCCCAACCCAAGCUUUGAACUUUGCUUUCAAGGACAAAUUCAAGGCUAUGUUUGGUUUCAAGAAGGAUGAAGGUUACUGGAAGUGGUUUGCCGGUAACUUGGCUUCUGGUGGUUUGGCUGGUGCCACUUCAUUGGCUUUUGUCUACUCUUUGGACUAUGCCAGAACUAGAUUGGCUAACGAUGCUAAAUCCGCUAAGGGUGACGGUAAAGGAAGAGAAUUCAACGGUUUGAUUGAUGUUUACAAGAAGACCUUGGCUUCCGACGGUAUUGCUGGUUUGUACAGAGGUUUCGGUCCUUCAGUUGUUGGUAUCAUUGUUUACAGAGGUCUUUACUUUGGUUUGUAUGACUCCUUGAAACCAGUUGUUUUGGUUGGUCCAUUGCAAGGUUCUUUCUUGGCUUCAUUCUUGUUGGGUUGGGCUGUCACCACCGGUGCUUCCACUGCUUCAUACCCAUUGGACACUGUCAGAAGAAGAAUGAUGAUGACCUCAGGUCAAAAGGUUAAGUACAACGGUGCUUUGGACUGUGCUAGAAAGGUUGUCGCCGCUGAAGGUGUCAAGUCUUUGUUCAAGGGUUGCGGUGCUAACAUCUUGAGAGGUGUCGCCGGUGCCGGUGUUAUCUCAUUGUACGACCAAUUGCAAGUUAUCUUGUUUGGUAAGAAAUUCAAGUAA